CCACCGCGUGACGUGAGUCAGUCUCUGCGGGCAGGGCAAACGAACGCGGCGUUGCGCCAGUGUUCCUCCGGACGGCGAGCGGUUCGCAUGUUUCCACGUUAACACGCUUUCUCCAUUAGUGCAUUCGAGGCAGAACAGUGUCGACACAACCGAAUGGUUGCGAAAGUUUGCGCGAUGAUAUAUAAGUGAGAGCCAGCAUCGGACGUCAGGGUAACGCUCAUCGCACACGGUGAGCCAGUUUAUUCAACUAAAGACAUUCGAAACUCGCCAGCUGUGAGGGACGGGGGGCGCCAGACGCCGUCGGGUCGUACACGCGGGACCAGCCAUUCCUAACACAUACUAUACUUACUUUGAGAGAGAAACGGAAAGCAUUUUUUAAUGUGUCAAGUCAGUAUAGCAUAUUGCUGCUACGUCAGAUCGCAGAACGCCUCGAGCAAGAACUACAAGGUUAUGCAAAUGAGUUCUGAACGCUUCUAUACCAGGGGUAAUCUAAAGACCAUUCACAACUUUAAUAAACUUUAACGAUUACGUUCGUAGUACGGUGUUUAGUGCUUAUCUGUAUCGUUUUCCUGUCUUUAUAUUAUCGUUCGGUGUCGCGAUCGCUAAUUGCUAAUUACCUGGAGCCGAGUGAUAAGGAGUUUGAGUGAGUGGUCGCGGAGGCCGGAGCACCAGUGCAGCGAGUGCAGUACUACACGAGCGACAGCCACAGCCGACGCGGACGAUGGCGGCUACGCAGGAGGAGACUUUACUGUCGCGGUGCGAAGUCCCCAUCAUCGACCUUGCACAUAUUGUUGCAGGCACCGAUGGAUGUCCCAUGAAGUCUGUGGUGCGCCGCAUCGGGCAACAACUGUUCGCGGCGCUCAGCGGCAAAGGACUCGCCAUGCUUGUCAACCAUGGUAUCGCUGAUGAUAAGUUAAAGGCCGUGUAUGCGGACUUGGACAACCUAUGCGCGCUGCCUGAGGGUUGCAGGGCCCAGUACCUGCGCAACCCCGUCAGCAACCACGGUUAUGUCCGACCAGGGAUGGAGCAGUUCGAUACUACUAAGCAGGAGUUACGUCAUUCGUACAACAUAACAUCGCUGUCGGCUGCAGCGUUCCCCGCGCAGGAGGACGUGCCGCAGUUCCCGCAGCACGCAGUACCGCUCGCGCACGACCUCACCAACUUGUCGCGUGUGCUGCUGCAAGCGCUUGCGUAUGCAUUCGGGUUGCCGCCUGCGACACUACUGGGUUGCCAUGCGGGCAUGUUGCGUAGCGAGGGCGGUAACGCGUCCAGUAUGAGGCUGCUGUAUUACCCGCCCGUGCCGCCGGAGGACGACGCGCGCCACGAGCACCACGCCGCGUACACGCGUUGCGGCGCGCACGCGGACUGCUGCACCUUCACCCUGCUCGCACAGGAUUCUGAGGGCGGCCUUGAGGUAAAACUGCACGGUAGUGAGAAAUGGCAGGCCGUAGGUCACCUGCCCGGCGCGAUCCUGGUGCAGACGGGCGAGCUGCUCGCCUCCUGGACCACCAACCUGCUGCCGGCGCUGUUGCACCGCGUCGUCGUGCCCUCGGGGGCGUACGCGCGCGCCCGCGCCCGACACUGUGUCGCCUUCUUCUGCCACCCCGACGACAACGCCACCCUGCCCAAGUUCCCGCAGCUUCCCAUCCUAGCCCCUGCCCCUCCCCCGCCCGUCUUUACCCCGCACCUGACCCUGCACCACCGUCUGCUCAACGCCGCCCAUCACCUGCAGAAGCGCUUCAGGGAGACGUAUGCGUGACUAGCACGGGAGCACGGCACCAAGGAGUACCACCACACCGCCCUCUCCCGCCGACACACCACGCAUUGACUAUCGGCUAACGAUUGGCUGCUUUGAAACUGACAUUUUUUUUAAAGAACCAAUUUACACUACGAAUAAAAAACCUUUCUUGUAUUAAAGUUUUAAUUUUGAAUUAAAUAAAAAUCGCAACUAUUUUGGAACUCCAGUAAUUUUGUUACAUGUCAGGCAAUAUCCAUGACCAAUAUGUUUUUUAAUCAUAAAAUUCAAUGUCAGUUUUAAAGUUACUACAGAUGUAAACGGUAUUUGUGAAAAGACGUUAUAAAUGACAUCAAAUAUAAAAAUAAAACUAAGUGAUUUGGUAAAAAAAUGUGUAGGUACUUCGAUAAAAUGUCAAUUGAUCAAUUCAAUAGUUUCCGUUAGGUAUUCUAAGUAAACUGCGUCAAUUGUAUUAAAUAACUAUCUACUUAUAUAUUUUUAGUCCCAUUAUAUAGGUACAAUACAUUCAAACUAAAUCUUAAUAAAGGAAGAAAAAAAUUGGCCAUUAUCUUACAAAAAUAAAUUCGCAAUUCUUACAGACGUCAAUAAUGCAAAUAUCAAAUAAGUCGUAUUAAAAAGUACAGCUUUAAUAAAAAUAUUAUUAAAAACUAUAUUUGUCCGUUUCCAUAUAGAUAAAAGCUUAAAUAAUAAAAAAGUUUAACAGAUCAUCACCAAAUAUAAAGUUCAGAGAAUUUUUUUUUUUAACUAAAGGCAUUUUUACUUUUUGUAGUGAAAUUCUCAUAAGACUGCUUUACAAAAUAUUACAUGGCAAAUCGACAAUACUUUUAUAAAAGCUGUGUAUUUAAAAAAAAUAAAAAGAUGCUUCCAUAGAAUAAAAAGAGAUUUUAUAAAUAACGAUUUUAUAAUUAAUAAAUAUAGUAAUUAUAUUCAUACUGAGGUGGCUCUCUUGGUGUAUUCCGUAUUUAAAAUUCUUGCCUUUUAACAGAAUUAUUGAAAUACUAAAUAUCGGUACACCAUCCCAUUCCCACAUUCUACUUUUUAUGUCGCCGUCUCUUUCUUACAACUGGCAACAUAUUGGUCUCGUAAAAGGUGACCAAUUUGCCCAUUUGUUACUAACCUAUAACCAUGUUCAUGUUGGUACGAGAUUAAAAACUAUCAUUCCUAAUUGGCAUUUCACAAAAUGUUUUGUGAAAUUUAUAUUUUAGUGAAGGAUUUGCUUAGCGCAAUUUUUGUUAGAACUUAAUAUUUCUGUUGUUAUUUAAUUUUGACUAAUUAUGAAUAUACUCCCUGGCCACAUUAAAUAGCACAAACUGUAAUUUUUAACAUAAUUUUAAAAAGAAACUAAUUGACUUUUCUUUUGCUACAAUUUUGAUUUCUGGAUCAAACAUUUGGUAUAUUUGUGUUGCUAUCUUUAAUCUAAAAAGUUUCAUUUGAUGUGAUUAAAAUAAUACAAUAGCAUGGCAACACAUUUAGUCGUCGAGUUUUACUUAAUUUAAUGACAUUGUAUGUGAAUUAAUUAGUCCGCGGGUAGUGACUGUUGGUGGAAUUAAAUAGCAAUUAGCGACGUGAGUUUUUCUGCGAGUUAUUAUAUUCAACUUGUUACUUAAACAUACCUUAUUAUUAUUUUUUGCCUUGUGUUCUUGCUUCUGCAUUUUAUAUUUUUAGGUUAUAAUAUAAUCAAAUUAUUUUUUUUUAUUUAUUAUUAGGGUUUUGUCUUCACGACUACUUAUUACCUAUAUUAAGUAAAUCGUGUGAUAAUUUUGUAGCUCAAUUUAGUAUUCGUACUUAAGUAUACGACGAAUGUGUUCGAACAUCGAAAUUUUUUGUAAUCUGUACUUAAAAUGUUCUUUUUUGUUUGAUAUCACACCAAGUUUCUCCUGUUACGUUUACUCUAGUUAAAAUGUCCAAAGAUUUUUACAAGUCCCGAUGUUUUGUACUUAACUAUUUAGCAUAAAUACGAAAUAUUACCGACAAACUUUUAUGAGUGUUCACAAAAUAAAAGGUCCAUUUUGACAGCUGUCAAAAUCUUUAAAAAAACAUUAAGAAUUUAUCGCAAUAAAUCGAUUCAACAUGUAUGAAAUAACAUCGUUAUCACAACUGUUAAAAUGGAUCUUUUAUAUUUUGAUAGAAAUAGGAGAUUCUCACGUGUUCAUUGUGAAAUUUUACAAGUUCGUACAAAAUUGUGCACAAAAAUUUUCUGUAACUGUGUUCAAAAAAUACGUCCAUCGCAGAGUGAUCUAUACUAUCGCAAUGUAUUAUUAAUCGAGAACCGUACAAUACCUCUGUCAAAUAUAGAUAUUAUUACUUUUGGAAUAUUGAAAUUGCAAUUAAUGUAAGAAAUAAAUAAUUGUCUUCUACAA